CGCUUUAUAAAGAAGUUUCAUUCAUACCCAUAAUACUUUAUUAAAAACAAUGAACAGACAAGAAUCUCUACUCUCCGCAUCCCGCCGGCAGACACCGCCGCCGGAGAAAAGACGCCGUCGAGAAAAACCCAUCGGUUGCAUGUCUGGAAUCUUUCAGCUCCUCUCCAAAUACCAAAACAAAACGAAACGCCUUACAUUUGGCCGAAAGAGAGAGAAAUAUAGUGAAGAAACAUUAUCUCCGGCGGUUCCAGAAAAAGUGAUAGUGAUGAAUGACGAUCAUAAUAAGGAAGUAAGAAUACAAAGAAGCCCGGGCCUUUCGCCGGAGAUCCGCCGGGAAAACGCUAAAGGCAGACCGGCAUUGGUGCAGCGGCUGAUGGGGUUGGAGGAGAAGCAGUCUCCGGCGCCGGAAUGUGAACUGUCGUUGACGGAGGUGAAGAGAAAGAUGCUGUUGCAAGCCUUAGAGAAGUGCAACCAAGACUUGGAAGCGCUUAAGAAAAUUAUACAGUCCGUGGAGUCGUCGCCGGCGACUCUGCCGCCGCCGGCGUGCACAAAGAAAUGUACGGAGCAUCAGGUUUUGAGUCCGAUCAGUGUGCUGGACGAGCAGAUGAUAAGUCGUUCGACAACUUUGACCAGAAGUCAAAAUACUGAAGCAUUGUGCGCAGCGCAAGCAACCAACAAUGUAGCCAAAGAUGGAAAUAUUAACUCUAUCCUCAAGAAAUUGAAAACAAGUCAUUUCCAAUCAAAGCGGGAAGAAGUGAUCGUCUCAUCUCCGGUGAAGUGGCGCAGCAAAGCAGUGGUCAGGAGUGUGGAGGAAGUUUGCAGAGACAUAGCUUGUGGUGAGCAU